AUGCUUUAUCACACUCUAUUCAUCCUCCAUUUCUUUCUCUUCAUCACUUUCAUUCUCCCUUUACUUUCUCUCCCUUCACAAAACAUCACACUCUUUGGUGAUGCUUCUUUCACAGACACCUCCAUUGCUCUCACCAAACAAAAACUCACUUGUCUUUCUUCUUCGUCUUCUGGAACGGGAAGAGCUUUCUACCUCUACCCUGUUCGUUUUCUUGAUCCUUUAACAAACUCAACCGCUUCUUUUUCAUGUCGUUUCUCUUUCUCAAUCCAUUCAUCACCUUCCUGCCCUUCCUCUUCUGGUGACGGCAUUGCUUUUCUCAUUUCUUCAACCACUGAUUUCUCGUCUCUCUCUAAUGGUUACAUGGGUCUUCCGAGUUCGGACAAAGAUUCUUACUUUGCGGUUGAAUUUGACACGAGUUUUGAUCCUUCUCUUGGUGAUAUUAAUGGUAACCAUGUUGGUAUUGAUCUUAGCAGUGUUGUUUCUUUUGCUUCUGUUGAUGUUCUUUCACGUGGGGUUGAUUUGAAAAGUGGGAAAAUCAUCACUGCAUGGAUUGAGUAUAGAGAUGACAUGAAAAUGGUUCGUGUUUGGAUUGGUUAUUCGUCUACUAGGCCACCAACACCGAUUCUUGCUUCACUCAUUGAUCUUUCUGAGAUAUUCAAAGAGUUUAUGCAUGUUGGUUUCUCGGCUUCUAAUGGAAAAGGUUCAAGUAUUCACCUUGUUCAUCAUUGGCAGUUCAAAACUUUGAGUUAUUCUCAUUCUGUUAGUCCUAUGGACAAUUUAGAAGAAGGUGAUUGUUUCUUGUGCUACGCCGGCGAUUCGAAAGCGUCCAAGAAAAAAGGUGAAAAUUAUCAAGGGAAGAAGAUUGGUGAUUUAGCUCUUGGAAUCUGUGGAAUAACAGCUUUUGUUGUGUCAGCAUUGGCAUUAGUUGUUGUGAUAUGUGUUUACAUGAAAAGGAAAGAGGGGGGUGUAAUUAGAAAGAUUAGAGAAGGACAAAGUUGUAGAUUUCAAACAAAUAAAGUUCCAAUGAGGUUAGCACUUUCAGAGAUAACAUCAGCUACAAUGGGGUUUAAUAGAGAUAGACUAGUUGGUGAAGGUGCUUCUGCAAAAGUUUAUAAAGGGUCACUUCCAUUUGGAGGUGAUGUAGCUGUCAAGAGAUUCGAAAAAGUCGAUGAUUUGGAUCGUUUACACAAUCCUUUUGCAACAGAAUUCGCUACAAUGGUUGGUUGCUUGCGGCACAAGAAUCUGGUUCAGCUCAAAGGAUGGUGCUGUGAAGAGAAUGAAUUGGUUUUAGUUUAUGAGUAUCUACCAAAUGGAAGCCUAGAUAAAGUUCUGCAUAAGAAUUUAAGAUCUUCAUUUGUGCUUUCAUGGAAACAAAGAGUUAAUAUAAUUCUCGGCGUCGCGGCUGCUCUUACCUAUCUUCAUGAAGAAUGUGAGAGACAGAUCAUUCAUAGAGAUGUGAAGACAUGUAACAUAAUGCUUGAUGUAGAUUUCAAUGCAAAGUUAGGUGAUUUUGGGCUUGCAGAAGUGUAUGAACACAGUUCCAGCACAAGGGAUGCUACUAUACCAGCAGGAACAAUGGGGUAUCUAGCACCGGAAUACGUUUAUACCGGGAUUCCUACCGUGAAGACCGAUGUGUAUAGUUUUGGAGUCGUGGUGAUUGAAGUCGCGACGGGGAGGAAACCCGUUGGAGACGACGGAACUGUCGUAGGCGACUAUGUUUGGAAUCUGUGGGAAAAGAAUAGGCUCGUGGACGCGGCGGAUCCGAAACUGAUGGGCGAAUUCGAUAUUGUGGAGAUGGAAAGGGUGUUAUUGGUAGGGCUUGUUUGUGUUCAUCCUGAUAAUGAAAAGAGGCCUAGAGUGAGGGAUGCAGCUAGGAUGAUUAAGAAUGAAGCAUCAGUUCCAUUGUUGCCACCAUGUAAACCAAGGGUGAGGAUUAGGCCUAUUUAUCCUGAUGAAGCACCAGAAACACAAAAUGAUGGUUGUGAUUGGGUUAGUAAUGAUGAAGCUCUUUAUAUGACUCCUAGGAGCCAGUUUUACUAG